AAUCAGCUAAUACUUUAUUCGAAUCGAUAAGGUUACGUUCCUAACACAAAGAAGAAGAAGAAAAAAAAAAACCCUAAAAACUUGUCGGCUUUUUUAUCGCACAGCUCUACCUGCAUAACAAGCGCAUCUUCCAAGCAAGGGACCUUUACGUUCCUCCUCCCGUCGACGCCAACACCCAUUUUCGGCGAUCAAAAGGAACACCCUAUCGAUUUCCGCACGUUGCCCGCCUCUACAUGCAAGGUGAGGCAUAGCUUGGAGGCGCCGGCGAUUGGAGGGAUCGGUCUAAAGGACCGCGACUUACCGCCGCCUGAGAAAAGGCCGACGCUGGAAUCAUGUCUGCCGUAGUUUGCAGAAAGAGAUCCAAUUCUAUCUUCGAAGAACUCCAAUACAUCACUCCUUCGCCUUCUAAGAAAAUUCGCUGCGCCGCCGGCGCCGCCUCGCCGCCAUCAAGCAGGAACGCUUCCCAGUUCGUCACCCCGCCGAUCGUUUCUGGAUCGGCGGGAGGAAAUAGUCAACUUCUCAAUCAUCUUAGGAACCUCUUCCCUAAUAUGGAGCAGCAGUAUCUUGAAAGAGCCCUUGAAGCCUCUGGUAAUGAUUUAGAUUCUGCCAUAAUGAGUCUAAAUGAUCUCUGCUUAGAAUCAUCUGCAAAUAGAGCCAAUGGUGGAGUCGAAGAAAAUGGGAACCUUUUACCUGAAGCUUCUGGUGAAGAAUCUGCUAGUAAUGGAUCAGAAUGGGUGGAUCUUUUUGUGAGAGAGAUGAUGAAUGCAUCUAACAUGGAUGAUGCCAGGACUCGGGCCUCUAGAGCACUAGAAUUCCUGGAGAAAUCUAUUGUUGCACGUGUUAAUGUUGAAGCAGCUCAGAACUUCAACAAGGAAAGCAUGAUUCUGAAGGAGCAGGUUGAAACUCUUCUCCGUGAAAACCAUAUUUUGAAAACUGCAGUGACCAUCCAGCAUGAGCGCCAGAAGGACUACGAUGAGAAGAAUCAGGAGCUACAGCAACUUAAGCAGCUUGUUUCUCAGUACCGGGAGCAGCUAAGUAAGCUGGAGGUUAACAACUAUGCACUGGCAAUGCAUCUAAGGCAAGCUCAACAGGGCUGUUCAAUCCCAGGAAGAUUCAAUCCUGACAUCUUUUAAGUUGUUUGAUGAGUUGCCUUCUCAUCUUUAGACAUGAAAAGAGUUGUAUACAUGCUGCUACUGGUUUGUUUCUUAUUUGAGACUCUAAUUUGUUGGUUUGUUUUAUUAUCUCUCUAAAAUGGGUGCAUUAUCUUCUUUGUAAUAAUGACUAUAGAUUGACAAUAUUAUCAGCACUCUAUGCUUUGAUUGUUGCUUGAUUUUACUGUAACCUUUCUUCUAACAAUCUUUGUAAUGACAUCAUAGCAUAUUCAAUUUUAAA